UUAACGUUAACAACAAUGUUCACAUUGCACUUUCCUUUUAUCUUCUUCUUCGUGAUCAAUAACACAAAUUCUCUCAGCAAAAGAACCCUUUCUUUGUGUUCUGUUCCUCUUCUCUUCAUUCUCCGCGCUUCUUCUUCGUUUACGAGUGAAGUUUGUGGUGCCCGUUUUAUCUAAUAAAGAUGAACGCCAUCCAAGUUGCUGCAAGUAAUCCUGCAAUUUAUGUCAGGAAAAACUAUCAGCCACACCAUUUUCUUUCUACACCAAAGGGAUUGUCAAUGAAUGCCAACCCUCUCUCUAGGACCUUCCUAAUCCCAAGAGCAAAACUUUCAUCUGGCUUAUAUUGUGUUAGGCAGAGCGCGACCACUGCCCCAGUAUUAAAGGUUUAUCCAAGUAACCUAACACAAUCUGUGCCUGUUUUGAAAUCUCAAAAACCUCGACAUGUUUGUUUAGCUGGUGGAAAAGGAAUGAUGGACAACAGUGAGGACUCCCAACGGAAAUCUCUUGAGGAAGCCAUGAAAAGUUUACAAGAAAAAAUUCAAAAGGGAGAAUACAGUGGGGGAAGUGGGUCCAAGCCACCAGGCGGACGAGGUCGUGGUGGCGGUGGUGGCAACUCUGAUGGAUCAGAGGAAGGAAGCACUGGUGGGAUGUCAGAUGAGACCGCUCAAAUAGUUUUCGCAACAAUUGGCUUUAUGUUUGUGUACAUUUACGUCAUCAAUGGUGUGGAACUUACAAAGCUAGCUAGGGACUUCAUCAAGUAUCUGCUUGGUGGAACUCAGAGUGUUCGAUUAAAGCGGGCAUCCUACAAAUGUUCACGAUUUUAUAAGAAGAUUACUGGGCAAAAUGAAGUUAUGAGGAUGGGUUGGAAACAGUCCAUUACGAUGGAACAUCGCUGAUUUUUACCGAGAUGUCCUUAGGAAUUACAUGAAACCAAAUUCAAACGAGUAAAGACUAGUAGCAGCUCUAGAUGCUCACAUUUCUGAACCUGAUGAAUAGGUGCAUUUGUAAUUUGUUGCUUAUUUCAGGAAAAUUUACAUUAAUUUAAUCAAAUUUUCUUUUAAGAUGGUUACGAAAAUUUCUUUUUAUGUGGUUACAAAGUUUUCAAUACAAACUUAUAUCCAGUACACAUUGAGCUUAAAA